AUGGAAAAUCAAGAGAAGGAGCCUCAGCCAAUUGGUUUAUCAAGUCCGCCGGUGCCAAACACCAACAACAUACCAGCCGCUAACUGUCCAUCUGAUGUAUUUUCCCCCCUCGGUGAUGCCACCACCUGUAACUCGACGUUGACCACCGCUGCUGCUUCAAAUGACACUGUACCAGCUUCCAUCGACACCGCAUCUGCCUUCAGCACAAUUGCAUUCGACGACACUACACCCACCGGAGGUGCUGUUCCUAAACUUGCGUACAUCAAUAAACCUUUUGGGCAGCCAACAAUUCCAGUGUCAGGGGUAAAUUACGAAUUCCCCCCAUAUAUACCACAUCCAAGUAAGUCGCAUGUUUCGUAUAUAAAUAAUUUCCAGGGUCUGCCAAUUUCCACAUCCAUCAAUAAAAUGCAAAGUACAAGUAAUGCGACAAUGUACGGGUUGUCAGAACAUAAUUUUUUAAGUUCAACCCAAAUUAAUAACGGUAAAAAUUAUCAGUCUUCUCCCUCCAACAAUUGCAUACAAGAACCAGUUCCAAUAGUUGAAUUUAAUGCCAACAACAACAUAGUUUGUCAUAACGCAAGCAGCGUCGCGAGAAAUCCAUCUUCAAAUAUUCUGCAACCAAGUCUCUAUUUCUCUGCUGCUCUGCCGCAACAGCCAAUACAAACCUUCAUAUCAUCAAGUGCAUAUGUCAGUUCAAACAGUGCUAACUUCUUGUCGAACCCCAACAUGUUUGAUACAACCCCCAUAUUUUCUCAGCCCAUUCUGUCUACUGCAUAUGCACAGCCAACCGUGACGUCAUCAGACACCUUUUUAAACAACAACACUCAAUUCAAUAACACUGUACCGAUGAAUGUUUCAAUGACGUCAUCGCAGAUCGCUGCUCGACAUGUUAUGUCAAAAGAUUUGCCGAUAUUCUCCGGUCGGCCAGAAGAAUGGCCUGUUUUUAUAACAAAUUAUUGGCAGUCAACAGAACGAUGUGGAUUUACCAAUCAGGAAAAUUUAAUUAGGCUUCAAAAGUGCUUAAAAGGUCCAGCUCUAGAAGCAGUAAGGGGCAAAUUAAUGAUGCCAUCCACUGUUGGUCUCGCGAUAAGUACAUUGCAAAUGUUAUUUGGCCGACCUGACGUCAUACACCAAACUCUUCAAACAAAAUUGCGAGAAGAACCAAAGGUUCGUUUGGACAAUUUAAACACCUUAAUUUCAUUAGCUCUUGCAGUUCAAAAUUAUUGCUCAAUAAUUCACGCAAUUGGACUCAACGACUACCUGGUAGACCCGAUGCUGCUAAAUGAUUUGCUUUCCAAAUUGCCAUCUAGUAUGAAACUCGAAUGGGGUCGUCAUAGUUUGUCUUGUGGUCGGGUGAAUCUUCUCUCGUUUGAUCAAUGGUUGUUCAAUUUAGCGACAUGUGCCAGCCAGGUGACAACGUUUGGAUUUAAGUAUGAUGACAAUGGAGAAAACAAGACGAAUCGAAGGCAGGGGAAAGAGCGUGUAAUGUUUCACGGUGUUCAAACCCAAAAUAAUAGUUCAUCGCAUUCAGAAGACGGGAGUCAGGCAACCGAAAAUGUACGUAAUGCGCUGUGUCUUAAAUGCAGCGAUGAACACAAACUUGCGAAUUGCCCACAAUUUAGCUCCCUUAAAAUUGGAGAAAGAUGGGAAUUUGUUAGAAGAAACAAAUUGUGUUUUAGCUGUUUUGGAAAGCAUGCGCUUCGACGAUGCUAUUUUAAAAAGGCCUGUGGUGUUGAUGACUGCAAAUUGCCCCAUAAUGUUCUUCUCCAUGAAAAUAGUUCGAGUCAAAAACCAAAAUUGGAUGUAUCUAAAAGCACAGAAACAGCUGUCCUAUUCCAUAAUAAGCAACAAAAGGUGGCAGUUUUUCGAUAUGUUCCCAUAACUUUGUACGGCAAGCAAAAGAGCAUUAAUACCUGGGCUCUCAUCGAUGAAGGUGCAGCGUGCACGCUGAUGGAAAGUGAAAUCGCUGCGGAGCUCGAUAUUGACGGACCCUCAGAAGAGUUAUGUCUUCGAUGGACGGGAGACAUCAGCAAAUGCUAUCCACACUCAAAAACUCUUACGCUAAGGAUUUCCUCGCAAGACCCCGGAUACCAAAAAUAUGAUUUAAAGAAUGUUAGAACUAUCGAAAGCUUAGAUCUUCCAGAACAGUCGCUUGAGCCAAAAAUGAUAGAAUCUUGUAAAUAUCUGCGUAACUUGCCACUAAAGCCGUAUUCUCAACAAGAGGCAGAAAAAAUGGAUGAGCUAAUGAGACAUUACUUCUCUUUAGAUGCGGUCGGGGUUACCCCUUUGAAGAAAGCUUUACACUCGCGAGACGACGAGCGUGCUCUACAAAUCAUGGAGACAACUACAACAUAUUGCUAUGAAGAGAAAAGAUGGCAAACAGGUCUCUUGUGGAGGUAUAGUGAAUUUAAUCUACCCAAUUCUUUUCCUAUGGCAAUGCGGCGCUUAAAAUGUUUGGAAGGCAAAAUGUUGAAAGAGCCAAACUUAAAAAACUUUUUAGUCGACAAAAUAAGAGAGUACGAAGAAAAGGGUUACGUCAGAAAACUUAAAAAAGGUGAAGCGACAAUAGGAGGCAAAUCGUGGUUUAUACCGAUCUUCACCGUAACAAACAUUAAUAAAAAUAAGACGAGAUUAGUUUGGGAUGCCGCCGCCAAAGUUGACGAUAUCUCUUUAAAUACAUGUCUUCUUAAAGGCCCCGAUUUACUAAGGUCUUUAAUUGGAAUACUGUUGAGAUUUCGGGAAAAGCCAAUUGCGGUGUGCGGCGAUAUCCGAGAAAUGUUCCACCAAAUUAAGAUAAUAAAGGAAGAUCAAUUUUCACAGAUGUUUUUGUGGCGAGAAGGUGAGCCCUCAAGAGAAGUUGAUGUUUACUGCAUGCAGGUUAUGACUUUUGGUGCCUCUUGUUCCCCCUCGCUUGCGAAUUAUGUUAAAGACAAGAACGCAAACCGAUUUGUCGAUGAAUACCCCACUGCGGUGGCUGCCAUAAUCGAAAAUAAAUUUGUAGACGAUUGGCUACAUAGUUGCGAAACAGAAGAGGAAUUGAUUGCUUUAGCAACAGCUGUCAGAGACAUCCAUAAAGAGGGAGGAUUCGAAAUGAGAAAUUGGAUUUCGAAUUCAGCUUAUGUACUAGAGAGUCUAACUGGUAAAACUGCACAGCUUAAAAAAUGUAUUCAGCCUUCCGAACCAGAACACGAAAAAAUUCUGGGAAUGUGGUGGCUUCCGCAAACUGAUGAAUUCACUUUUAUAAAGAAAUUUACCUCAGAUUUAACUGGCGAAAGAGAGCCCAUAACUAAAAGGCGAAUGCUACGUGUUAUUAUGCAAAUUUUUGAUCCUUUAGGGUUCUUGGGUAAUUACCUCAUUUAUGCCAAAAUAAUAUUACAAGAUGUGUGGCGAUCAGGUGUCUCUUGGGAUGAACCUAUUAAAAAUGAAGAACGUCAAAUGUGGGCACAAUGGACGCUGCACAUCAACUCAAUUGGAGAUAUUCGAAUACCACGAUGCUAUCAACUGGCGUGCCAAAGCCAAGACAUUCAGCUACACGUCUUUGUGGACGCUAGCGAGAAUGCGUAUGCAGCCGUAGCAUAUAUUCGUGCCCAAGUUGGUUCUGAAGUCAGAUGUACUCUGGUAGGAUCAAAAACGCGUGUGGCGCCAUUGAAACCUAUCUCUAUUCCUAGAAUGGAACUAAUGGCAGCCAUAAUUGGUCUUCGAAUGUCAGAUUAUAUAAUCAAGGAGCAAUCAAUUAGAAUUAACAAGAGACAAUUUUGGUCCGAUUCGAAGGAUUUAUUAUAUUGGAUUCGUUCGGAUGCACGGAAAUUUAAGCAAUUCGUUGCACUCCGUAUUGGCGAAAUAUUGGAAAAUUCGACUGUUAAAGAAUGGAGAUGGGUCCCAACCGCAGAGAAUGUGGCAGACGAAGGCACAAAGUGGUCCAAGAUUCCAGAGUUUGACAGCACGGGUAGAUGGUUCAUCGGCCCAUCAUUUUUACGGUCAGAAGAAAGUUGUUGGCCCACAACUACAUUUUCAAACACUGAUCACAAAGAAUUUGAGAUUUUGUGUCACGUGGAGGAGAGACACGCUCCAACUUUAACGUUAUUUGACAUAUGUGCUGAUCCAACAAGGUUCAGCAAAUGGGAAAAGCUGCGACGUACUCAGUCGUACGUCUUGAAAUUCUUGAAAUCAAUUGUUAAACAUGACAAGAAAUCUGCAGUUUUGAAAAUGCUAUUAAACAUAACCGAGAUGCAUAGUGUUGAAUUACUGAUAUUCCGAAACUGUCAAGAAGAGGCCUUUAGCGAAGAAAUAAGUUGUUUAAAACUAAAAACCAAACAAAUCUCCCGAAAAAGUUUACUCUUUAAAUGUUCACCAUAUCUGGACGAAAUGGGAGUACUGCGAAUGAAAGGGCGAAUUGACGCGGCAGAGAGUGUAUCCAUGGAAACAAAACGACCUGCGAUUCUCCCACGGAAACACAUCGUUUCAAAACUUCUGGUUGACUUUUAUCAUCGACGUUACCAUCAUCACCACAAUGAAAUCGUUGUUAACGAAGUUCGGCAGAAGUAUUGGAUACCGGGACUGCGAGCACUAGUGCGCUCUGUUGCAAAAGAUUGUCAGGCCUGCAAAAACAAACUUGUGAUGCCUUGUUCUCCAGAGAUGGGCGACCUACCUUCAGAAAGAGUAGCUGCAUUUACUCGUCCAUUUACGUACACUGGCGUUGACUAUUUUGGACCAUUCGAUGUGACAGUUGGGCGUCGACGAGAAAAAAGGUGGGGUGUACUCUUCACCUGUUUAACAGUUAGAGCCAUUCACUUGGAGAUUGCACCAUCUCUCUCUACGGACUCGUUUAUGUUGGUUUUUAAGCAGUUUGUCAGCCGACGUGGUACUCCUAAACGAAUACUAUCAGACAAUGGGACAAACUUUCGAGGGGCAAGUCGUUUGUUGUCAAAAGAAAUAGAAAAUAUCUCUGCAAACGAAUUGGAAUACAGUUAUCCAGAGAUUGAAUGGCGUUUUAUACCACCGGCUUCUCCGCAUAUGGGUGGCGCAUGGGAGAGGAUGGUUCGGUCAGUGAAGUCUGUCUUAAUGGAAAUAUUACCUCAUGCAAGUUUGAGAGAAGAGACUCUGAGAGCAGCGAUGGCAGAUGUUGAGAAUAUAAUUAACUCAAGACCGCUCACUUAUGUUCCACUCGAAACUGAAGAGGCCGAAGCAUUGACUCCGAACCACUUUUUGCUCGGCUCUUCAAGUGGCAUACGCGAAAGGGGGAGUGAAGACGAUGGUGGAAGUAUUUUGUUUAAACAUUUUAAAAUUGCUGGUCAAUUGGCAGACCAAUUUUGGAAGCGAUGGUCGACGAAAGCAGCAAGAGAGGAUUGUGGCCAAAGGGUGUAG